AUGUUUGUGGAGGAGAGGGAAAUUCCUCCGGCAGAGCGGAGAAGCAGAGAGGAGUGGUUUGGGACAAUCAACCUCGCUAGCUGCAAGAUCGUUGUGCGUCCAUCAAAAAAGGAAGGCUACUGCUUCAAGAUAUUCCAACCACAGGGCAAGAACAUCUUCGGUGCCAAGGGUGUGGUAGAGUCUCUUCCAAUAGCCACAGAUUACAUCAUUCUGCGCUCGACUGAUGCGGCCGAGGGACAGGCGUGGUUCAAUGCCAUCCGCAAGAUCAUCGACGUCUCCUAUGAACACAACGCACGCUCAGACGCCAAGGAGGAUGAGGGGGCGUUUGUGAGCAGCUCAGAUGAAGAUGAUGACGACGAGGGCCUCACAUCCGAAAGUGAAGCGGACGACGACGUCGAAAGAACGGCAUACGUUCCAGCAGUCACUGAAGUGGAAGU